AUGGCGAUGUUGACACAGAACUACAUAUCAACUUGAAAUUCCAGAAAUUUUAACUAUUCUGACAGCACCGAGAAGCUAAAAAGUUUACAAAAGUGAUCAAGUUUUAAAACAACAUUACAAAGGAGUUACAUUCCACAUCUAGAUAAAGAUGACUUGAUACGUUUUAUAAUUUGAAACGUGAUUAUUCACUAUCCAUUGACUUUGAAAUGAAAUGAGAUGACAUCAUCAAUGUAUUGCCUAUUUUCAGUAUCAAUGAGUGUGACUGCAAGGAACAGCAGAAGUGAGAUUAUGUAGUACACUGUUCGGAAUCCUAUUUUGGUAUGCCUGGCAUUACACCUGGUUGUAAUUAUGGACGAAAAGUCGCUGAAUGAGUUGUUGGAAUGUUCUGUCUGUCUGGAAAGACUUGAUGGAACCAGCAAGGUGCUUCCUUGCCAACAUACGUUCUGUAGGAGAUGUUUGGACGAGAUUGUCUGCACAAAACAUGAACUGCGAUGUCCAGAGUGUAGAACUCUCGUUGAAAUACGUGUUGAAGAUCUACCACUUAAUAUUCUCCUAGUACGAUUACUUGAGGGAAUCAAAACUAAACAGGCAACCGAGAGAUCUUUCUCUCCCAAUUCGGGGAAACAAGAAAUCAUUCAAAGUGCAGCACAUGGCAGUCGAUCUUCAAGACAGUCUCCAAACAAUAGCCAUGCAUGUGCCAAAGCUUUGUAUAACUAUGAAGGGAAAGACCAAGGGGAUUUAUCCUUCCGGAAAGGUGAUUUGAUACUACUUCGGAAAAAGGUUGACGAAAACUGGUUUCAUGGGGAACUUGGUAGCCAAAAUGGCUUCUUUCCUGCUAGUUAUGUACAGGUUAUCAUCCCGUUACCUGUCACUACACCCCAGUGUAAAGCCUUGUUUGACUUUGAGGUGAACGAUGCUGAAAAAGAUUGCAUACCCUUUAAAAAAGAGGAAUAUUUGACUGUGAUAAAAAGAGUAGACGAUAACUGGGUAGAAGGGAAGAAAGGGGAGAAAAUUGGCAUCUUCCCCAUCUCCUUUGUGGAGAUGAAUGAUGCUGCCAAAUCUUUAAUCAACUAUAAAGCAAAAGUACAUUUGCAUGCAGGAAGAACUCACGCCAGUGGGGACAGGUCACAUGGGGAGCGAAUCCCUGAAUGCCCACCCCCUGGUCCCGAUAAAAACCCUUCACAAAGGGUUCCCAUUCCUAAACAAAAACGACAUUCGUUCCAUGCUUCAUCUCGCCAUCGGUCACACUCUAGUCAUGAUCAGCAUCACAGAAGAUCAUUAGAACUCAGCAGUAACAGUGCUGGUAACCUGAUAAUAGCUGCUCCUCGCUCCAUGUCACCCCCACCCCUCCCGUACUAUAACCACGAGUCUCAUGAGGGAGCUGCUGCUGGCAAAAGCCUUCCCUCCUCAACUGCAACACAGGAUGUAAAAGUUGCUGGUGCAGAUGGCACCUCCUCUAAUACUCAGAAAGGCUCGCCACAUGAAGGUCUGAAGAUACCACCGGGCAUUAAUUCAGUUGUAUAUGUGGCUUUAUACAACUAUAAGCCUACUAAGGAGGAUGAGGUGGAGCUGAAGAAAGGAGAUUACUACACAGUGUCAGAUAAGUGUCAGGAUGGCUGGUUCAGGGGUCAGUGUCUCAAGUCGGGGCGUACUGGAGUCUUCCCCGGGAACUACGUCCAAACAGUCAGACAUCAGAGUGCUUUUCGUGCUGUUGGAAGCUCCAAUGUGUUGAAUAUACGAGCGAAGCCUCAGGUUGUAUCAGCACCAUCCACUACUACAGCUGCUGCUCCAACUUCAUCUGUCCCACCUUCCGCCUCCACAACCUCCGCAUCUGCAGCUGGAGUAACACCAGUAUCAGGGUCACCACAACUCAACCCAAGACGUAGUCGUUCUCCUAAACGUAAUUCUUUAACACCGCCUAGAGCCACAUCAUCGCCCCAGCCUACGAGCAGCCGUGCCAAAGUACCAUCCCCACCAUCAUCUGUCAUAGUUUCCUCUUCAUCUUCAUCACCGUCCUCCGUGUCCAUUUUGUCCAGCUCCAAAUCCAGCCAGACGACAUCAUCCUCAUCAUCAUCCGUGUCAUCCCGAUCUGUUGCUCACUCAUCUGACAGUCGUACAGUACCCACCGGUGCUAAUGCUCAGGUAUUCCACUCAUCGCACAAAUCCUCGAGUCACUCAUCACACAGGUCCGAUCGUUCCAGCUCUGCUCAUAAAUCCUCAUCUAGCAAUGCAGCUAGUCACCAACACGUUUCCAAGUCUGGCUCCAGUGCCAUGACAAAUUACCAUUCUCAGCGGUCAGGCAUCUCGAUCAAUCAUCAAGGACCAGCAUUCCUGUCACCCGAGUUAUUAGCCAUGCAGAAAUCAAUGGCUACUAGUGCUAACAUUACACCACCAAAUGUUGUCAUAGGGCCUUCAGGAGAUGGGCCUAGUGCAGCGCCACAGCCUUCUAAAGACAAAAAGGAAAAGAGAGACAAAGAAAAGAUUAGCCUUGUGAAGCGAUUGACCUCUGGGAAGAGCAGGAAGUCCAAGUCCACGGCAGUAGAUGAUGCCGGAUCAGCAGCAGCUGCAGCCUCUGGGGCCGCUAGCUCCCUGGUGUUGGAAAACAACAAUACAAUUUCCCAUGUACGGUCAGGCUCCUGCCCCUCGGAUACCUCUAGUCUGCUGUCCGUGGAGGCCCCGCUACAUGUUAAGACUGGAUCAUUUGACUCUUCUGUUGCUCCUCCUCCACAACCCUCCAAACCAAAGAGACCAAACCCUCCUCUCAGGGAGAAGUGUAGAUGUGUUGUACCAUACCCACCUCAGAGUGACAUUGAAUUAGAACUUAAGAUUGGGGAUAUUGUAUAUGUCCACAAGAAGCGAGACGAUGGAUGGUACAAGGGCACGCAACAGAGAACAGGAAAGACUGGGCUAUUUCCAGGAAGUUUUGUAGAGAAGUGUGACUAAUUGUCUUGUGUUACCCAUGUUCACCAAAGAAAUGAUACUCGAACAAAGCAAGCUAACCCUAUCUCAUGAUAUGUAUUUGUAAAUUAAAAGUAAAAUAUGCAUUCAUUUUCUUAUUGAGAAAAGAUAAUGAAAUGAGAAUAAAAUUCUGAGUUAAUUUAAGUUUAAAUGUGAUGAAUUAACACUAGAUAGAAAAAAAAAGUCCUAUGCAACAAUUAGCUGAAGCAAAGCCAAAAUCAUGAUUGAUACAAUUUGAAUUCAAAAAUACUCUAUGCUUUAAUUUUAAUUUAAUAGUAAAGAGCUUGUGCCCUAGUUAAUAUUAAUACUUCAUGAAAAGUUUUGUCUGAAUUCCAUAACAGUGGCAAUGUUGGUGCUUUGUUUGAACAACUUAUUUACGAAAUAAGAAAGUUACUGACAAAAGAAACCCCUGAGAGACUUCACCCCUUUAUCAACCAAAAUAAUGUUAGAGGCUCAAUUAGGUAUACAGAAAGAAAACCGUUAGUGUAAUAUGGCCAAGCUAGCUAGCUCCUUGACUUGUAAAAUUGAUAUUUAUAUAUGAUGAACCCAAUAUUUGGCUUUGAAAAAAAAAAAUCCAAAUUUUUUUAUGAUAUUAAUAUGAGUUACAUUGCUAUUGUGAUUUAUUGAAACAGAGGUACUGAAAAUAGUUCAAGAAUUUCAAUGAACCUUUUCAUGUUUAGUGUCCAAGAAAAACUUACUGCCAUUGAGAAUUUUACACUUGGAAAAAAUCCCACCAUACCCAGAGAUAUGAAGAUAAAUAUUUCUUUAUAAACAUAUUUCCAAGCUUAUGGUGUGUGUUGAUUUUUUAAAAAUACAUAUAUAUUCCUUAAUAUGUUAAUGAAAUACAAAUUUCACAGAUUACUCUGUGGCAAUGAAAUGGUGCAUAUGAUUAAGUUUAUAACAGUUACUGUAUGUUUGAAAAUAUGUUGUAUGUAAGAUGAUAAACUGGGCUUUCAUGUUUAAUAAAUAAUGCAUGUUAGAAAAAGAAGUAGCCAAUUAGGUAAAUUCUUAAUUGCAAAACAAGUAUUGCAUUUAUGAUACUAAAAGAAAAGGCCAUGUCAACAGAAAAAAAUGAGUUUAUAUAAUAUAUAUAUAAAUAUAGCUGUUUCUCACAAAACAGAAGAAUAUUUAUCUAUAAAAAUAUUACAUUCUAAGCCGCAAAGACUUUUUUAAGGCAUAUAUAUUGAAAAUAAUAUUUAAAGAUUUAAAGAACAGUUUCAAAUACAUCUGACCUACAUCUUUAUCAAUUUAAUGAAGGUGAUUAUCAUUUUACUUUUGACAUAAAAUCAUGUAAACAUUGUCACAAGUGUCAUGGUUUUAAGCCAAUCAAUUUUCGUUUUUUUGUUAAUCAAUUCCAAUCAAAACCUCUUUUUUAUAUGAAUAUAUUAAAACUUAGUUAUCUUGGCAGCAAGCAAUCUUUUAGACACUUGUAUAACAUUAAUACCUCAUAUAGUUUUUAUCUUUCCACAUGCUUCACUGGAUAUCUUACCAUACCUAUCUGCAAAUGAGCGUGUCACAAAUAAGCCCCCUUCAAUUUUGCAGAAUCGUCAAUUUUAAGAUUACCAUGAUAAUACCCUUUUAAUAGUGAUUGAAAAAAUAAGUUGUCUCCAAAUCUUAAUAAUAAACUUUUUUACACUAGGGGAGGGAGCUUAUUUGAGGAUAAAUAAUAUUAUGAUUAUAAUAUUUUCAGAUUGAAAAAUAACGCUUUUACAUCAUAGCUUUUAAGAUAAUGUGUUUGAUACCUAGUCGUACACGCUAAUGAUGCCCUCCUAUAAGUAGUACACUUCUAUGGAAUGAUGAUGCCAAGUGGAUUGAUGUACACUUCAUAAUGUGUAUGUAUCUUUUUGAUGUAUAAAGUAAACAAACAUAGAUACUUGAAUAUAAACAAUAUUUUUUUUAUUCUUUUCAUGGGCACAUUAAUAUUUUUUUGCAAAAAAAAAAAAAAAUCAACAACAUUAAUUUCUGACUGAGAAUCUGUCUAGAACUCUUGAGUUAAACUGGGGCCUGCCAAAUGAACCAACUACAUAUAAAACUUAUUGCAAUUUAAUGUCCGCCCCGUGGCACAUUCAUUUAUGUGGGUAACUAUUACAAGGUUGUUAUUCAAAGUUUUGUUGUCAAAUUUUUUAUGGCUUUUUUGUUUCAAAUUCCAAAAUUUCCUUUUAAACCCCAGAAUACCUUUUUUAUGUAACUAUGAAUUUAAGAAAAUUACUGACUUAUUAGUUCUCCUAGAUGAACUGUGAUGGUAGCACUUAAUUUAAUUGAAAGAUUCCACAGCGACAAUAAUCUUCUGUUAUAUUAAUAUUAAUGAAAUUUGUCAGUUUUAUAUCUCGUGUUUCAAUGCAAGGAUUAAAUGGAUUUUUUGUGUUACUUUUCACAAAAUUUCAUAUUUUGACAAUGUUGUAUUCAAUAUUUCAGAAUAUUUUAAAAUUUACAAAGUGUUUUUUUUAUACAAAAUGAUAAUACAAAAGAAAAGCUCAAUGAUAGAAAACAGGUACAUCAUGUACACAUUGAUAUACUUUCUUUCAAAUAUUUCCCCAAAAAUAUUAUUAAAUUACUAUCUCUAAAUUAGGAGAUAUCGUGUGACACUUUUGUCUCAAUAAUCACUGCCUUUUCCAUUUUACAGAAAUCCACAAGAUGAUUUUCAGAAUGUAAUUUGCUGUUUAUGUUGAAUGCGACAUGAUUAUAUUGUAUAGAAGAUUAAUAUGUUGAAACAUUCACAAAAACAUUAAAACUCAUUUUAUUUAUUGGUUAUUCCAUAUUUUGAUCAAACAUUUGACGCUGUUUGCAUUCAUUAACUUGUAAAUGACACGCCCCUUUGGUCAAAUGCGUCAAAAUGUAUAUUCUUUUUUCCAGUUAUUCAAUGAAUAUCUUUCUUAUACUGGUAUGUGAAAGUACUGAAAUGAUUAUAUUGAAUCAAGUAGAAAGUUUAUAGUAAAUAGUGAUAUAUUACUCAAAUUACUUACAGGCGCAGUGACUUUUUUCUUACCCCAUCUUCCUGGUGGUGAAAUCCAUCAGUAUAAAAACAGCUGCCCGUGUAUUUUAGUUUUCUUGGGUGACCAGAGUAAUAAUAAACCUGUUUAAAACAGAUGUGGUUGAUCAUUUAAGUACAUAUAAUUUUCAAGGUAUUUUAUUAGGAGAUUUACAUGUUUACAUCUGGACUGAUCUGACGAAAUAAUGUUUGAACAAGAUUGUACGACACCGAAUAUAUGAUGAAACUACGAGAUUCUUUGAUAGCAUAAUCUGAUGGAAAUUCACUUCAAAUGCAAGUGUGGAUGUAUUCCUAAUGUUAGGAAAUAUGUGUGGGUGAGAGGCGACAUAACUGUCAGUGAUUGUAAAAGACAAUGUAAGAAAUCCUAUCAGAUGCUGGUGUUGAUAUUUGGUGUGAAGAAGGUAAGGAUGUGCGUUUGAUCCAUGUUGAUAUAAUUUUUUCUAAUGGAUAAUUUCUUAUCAUACAUAACUUCCAUUACUUAAUUCACAGGUGCAGAUAUCUGAUGCCUUAAUUUGACAGAUAUUUUGUAAGUAACUUUCUGAUUAUGAAGUUAUACAUCUGAAAUACUGUAUAUUCAAAAUGAUUCAAAUUUGUAUGAAAAAAAAAUCUUACUCGGCUUUAAGUUUUUGUAUUAGAUUUAUAUCAAUAUAAAAAAUUGUGCGUAUAUUAGGUGUUUCACAAGUAAGAAAUUGCACCCAGAAAAUAAUUGAGAACAUUAAACCUAUAAUACUUUAGUUAGUGAACAGUAGUCAUUGUUUCAUUAUUGAACGAAAAUAAACUUGAAUAAACAUAUUUUCUUCCAUUUAACACUAAAACUCUCUUUAAUUGACUCAAGUGCCAGAAUUAUAAUACAUUAAAUCAUAUUGUCAGUUAUUAAGAUAAUUCUCUCUGUUUAUUGGAUCGAAUAAAAUGUACUUUCUCUUUAUUUCUCUAUAUAACAGAGCUAUUACACAUUUAAUUACUUUAUAAUGAAUAAGACGGAACUCAGUGUGCCUUUUACACCUACAUGUUUUACAGCUCUUUGAGAAAUUAGUAUAGUACACCCACAGCUGAGAUAAAUUAUAUUGUAAGUUGUGCACUCCAAAUUCAUUUUGUGGGCUUUUUGAAGGGAUGGUUUAGUAGCUGCAGUACUUUAAGGAGAUGGAUGUUGUAGUGCUUAAAUUCAGCUCGUUAAAGUAACAGCCGCUUUCCUAUAACAUACUUUCUUAUGUAAUGGCAGAAAGGAUAUUGAAGAUAGAUAUAGAUAUAUCGGUGUACGUUUUUGCAGCAAAAGUCCAAAGGUCUUGCACCAUGUUUACUCUCUUAUUUUGGUACUUUGAUUUCAAUAGAAGUUCGCCUUUUUUAUCAUCUCAGAAGUAAGUAGUAAAUGCAUAAAAAAAACAAUAAGAAAAUAUCAUCGGCAAAUAUAACAUUAUUUUAUCUUUUGAAAAUAUCAGUUACAGUUUAUUUUGCCCAGAAUUCGUAUUACCUUCCUGUAUUUAGUAACUCUUCUUCAGACCAAUCGAUAUGGGUGACACAUUUUUCAACCAAUCCCAAAAUCACAUGUCAUUUUGUUCUGCUAACUGUAUGACGUAUGUUUUGAUAAUCAUGUUUAAACGGCUAAAUAAUGCGACACAAAUAAGAUCAAGAACACCCAAUCCGUUUUCAGAACAUGUUGGGUUUCUCUGGAAAACUACAGCGGGAAUUAAUUCUUCAGGUGCUCAAAUUAAUCAUCAGAAAAACGAUAAAAUCUGCUUUCUAGGAUAGGUCGGUUUGUUAAGUCAUUGGAAGGUUAAAGCAUUUGAUUGACUUCGGGGAUCUUUUGUCAGAAGUACACAUGUACAAGUAAUCCUUGAGAAAUAUUGAUUAUAUCAUUUAUAACUUAGGCCAUCAAAUCGACAAAGGAAGAGUUGUUGAAAUCUUUUUACGUUCCUUAGAUCUCUAGCUUAAUUGAUUCACCUGGUGGUCUAUUAUUUGUUCCAAUAACAUCACAUUUAAAAAAGAAUGUAUUUGAGGAGGAAAAGACAACAAACAAAUCUGCAAUCGUAUCGCGAAUAAGUCAUAAAAUUGAACACCUGUUGCUUUCACUUCACUGGGAGUACUUCCAGAGUUAUGUUUAUGUGUUAUUUUAAAUUGUUCAAAUGGCUAGAUAUAAUUAUUUAUGUAAUCUAAUUUUGUUGUACUGGUUACAUAUGAGUUGUUGUGGAGGGUCUGUAGACCCAUAUCAACGCAAAAUACUGAUGUUCACACCAAGUAUCGGCAGCCACGAGAGUGGAAGUGAGAUUAAGACUGUAUAGAUAAUACGUGAGGAUGUAUGAGUUUAAUGGCAUGGAUGUGUAUUGCAUCAAGAGAGAAAAGCAGUUAAAGACGGAGAGAGCACCUGUUUGUUCAAUCGCAUCUCGGUGAAGUGAUUGACAUAGUUACUUUAUCAUGAUGGCAUGCAGCAUACAUGAAUUAUCUUAAAUCAGUUAUUUUUGUUAACUUUUUUUUUGCUACGUUUAUUAUGUUUUAUAACUGUCUAUCUGAUUUAAUAAAUAUUUUCACAUUCCAUCCUAUAUGAACCCGAGGAUGACCGUGUAGCUUAAAUGAAGGAGAUAAAGUAGUUCAAAAUACCUGUGUGUUAAGAUAACAAUUUGGUACAUUUCUGCAUGAAUAUGUAUUUCACAAACAAUAUUUGGUACAUUUCUGCAUGAAUAUGUAUUUCACAAACAAUAUUUGGUACAUUUCUGCAUGAAUAUGUAUUUCACAAGCAAGUUUCCCAGUUUGACUUACGAUAUUAUGUUUAUUAUCAAUCAAGCCAGUAUGACUGAUUAUCAGUUUUUGAGGUAGAACAUACUUGGUAUGUUCAAUUAAAUUGAAUAGUUUAAAUUAAAAUGGCAGUAACCAUUGAUGAAACCGUAUGACAUAUUCCAUACAUCUAGCAGCUGUAGAUAUUUGAAAUAUAGGAUUUACAUGCUGAAUGUAAGGUUUUUAAAAACGAAAGUUAUAUAUUAAUUGUUAACCUGAUAUUUGUUUGCGUUGUUUGCUUGUUAUUCUUUUUAUUUAAUACUAAUAUGGAACAAGAGUGAUACUAAUAGUUUAUGAAAGAGAAAUGAAUCGCUGUGAGUUUUGUAUGGAGGGUUUUUGUAGCCCCUGUCAGCACUAUACCUGCAGUCAGUAGAUGGCCAUUUGUACUAGCCAACACAAGUUGUGUACGAUUCCUUGUUUACUCUGAAGCAAUAGUUAUGUUAUUUUGCUGUAUAUACAAUGACGAAUAAAUCUACAUAUGGUUUUAUACUA